UUAAUACCCAUCCUCCUUUUUUUUCCCCCCUCACAGGAUCGUCCCCGCUCAUUCGAUGGCUUCAACAUGCAUUCUCUGGAGAACUCUCUGAUUGACAUCAUGAGGGCUGAGCAAGACACUCUGAAAGGUCGCCUCGGAUUCACCCAUCCAGGAGGAGACAGCCCCUUGCCCAUAAAUGCAAGGAAUUAUGGGAGGCGACGAGGACACUCUUCCCUGUUCCCGAUGGAAGAUGGCUUCCCGGAUGAAGAGCGGGCCGAUCAGAGCCUGCCAGGCCUCAGCUCCCCUCACUGCUUCCCACACCAGAAUGGAGAGCGGGUGGAGCGCUACUCUCGCAAAGUGUUUGUGGGUGGCCUUCCUCCUGACAUCGAUGAAGAUGAGAUAACCGCUAGUUUUCGCCGCUUUGGACACCUGUUUGUGGAUUGGCCUCACAAAGCGGAGAGCAAGUCAUACUUUCCCCCGAAAGGUUACGCUUUCCUCUUGUUUCAAGAUGAGAGCUCUGUUCAAGCCCUUAUCGAUGCCUGUAUUGAAGAGGACGGAAAACUCUACUUGUGUGUUUCCAGCCCCACCAUUAAAGACAAACCUGUCCAAAUUCGCCCGUGGAAUCUUAACGAUAGUGACUUUGUGAUGGAUGGAUCACAGCCGCUGGACCCCAGGAAGACCAUAUUUGUGGGUGGAGUGCCACGUCCACUGCGUGCAGUGGAGCUGGCGAUGAUCAUGGACAGGCUGUAUGGCGGCGUGUGCUACGCAGGCAUCGACACAGACCCAGAGCUGAAGUACCCCAAGGGCGCAGGGCGGGUCGCCUUCUCUAAUCAGCAGAGCUACAUUGCUGCUAUCAGUGCUCGUUUUGUACAACUGCAGCAUGGAGAAAUCGAUAAACGGGUGGAAGUGAAGCCAUACGUCCUGGAUGACCAGCUGUGUGAUGAAUGUCAGGGGACUCGCUGCGGAGGCAAGUUUGCUCCUUUCUUCUGCGCUAACGUGACCUGUCUCCAGUAUUACUGUGAAUAUUGCUGGGCGGCGAUCCACUCACGCGCCGGCCGGGAGUUCCACAAGCCCCUGGUGAAGGAAGGAGGCGACAGACCUCGUCACAUCUCCUUCCGCUGGAACUAAAGCCGGCGGGGACGGGAGGAGAAGAGCGGGAACGAGCAGGAGACGGAGGAGCGUAGCCUAGGAGGAGUCGCAAAAUCAUCAUCUAAAUAAAUGCACUUUUCUGUUGCUGGUUCCUUUUUAGUUUAAUUUAAGAAGAAGAAAAAAAGACAAACGACAAAAAAAGGAUUUUAAUUUGUCAUUUAAUAUAUAUGGAAAAAAAAGAAGAUUCAGGAAGAAAAAGAAAAUGUCUAAUCCAUCUCUCUAUUUUUUUAUAACUCCAUUCUAUUUAAUUUUCAAGUGCACAGAGAUGUGAAUAUAUUGAGUAUUAGUAUAAUUUGUCAGUAGGUAUCUGCAUGACUUUAGAAUUGGCUUUUUUUCUGUUUAACCUUGCGAUUUGGGAAGUAUUACGUCCUAUUUUAAUUUAACGGAAAAGGCGAAGGAGCAAACGCGAAUAGUGAGAAAAGGUGCGGGAAGAGUGCACUUAUUUCUUUACAGAUGUGUGGUUUAAGAUCUCAGUUGUUAACCAAAGCUUGGGAUUUGACGAAAACAGAAGAGGCGAAUUCUCUCGACGCUCUGUUUUUAUUUCGUGCGUGUGUAUACUUUAAGACCAUGCUAAUCUUUAAUGUUGACAACAACUGAUUCCACAACAGCUGUCUGGAUUUGAUCUCCAUGCAAGAAAACUAAUACCUCAAGCUUAGCUGCUAGUUUAAGUCGAAUAUAUAUUUAAAAACGACAAAAAAAUAGAUAAAAAUCAAGCUGGUCUAACCCGUUCCCCCCAGGACGGCAGGAAAAAAAAAGGAAGUGACAUCAGCAAACAGCACAUUGAGAAAACCUGCUCUGUCGCUUCCUGAUUAGAAUUGGAGAUUCAGCAUCCUUGUGGGGAAUGUACGUUGGUAAAGUUGCAGUAGUCUGCCUGCGAAGCUGGUUCGAACGCGUGGAACUUGAUUUCGUUUCUGGUCCUGCUUAGCGUCCGCGUUCUUUCAGGCUGUUAGCGGCAAGCCUUCAUUUUUAAUUUAGUUUUAUUUUAACUCGCAAUAUGUCUCGUAAGCCUUUCCCCAGAAGCCCCCCCGAAAAGAGGUGUACGUACGAGCAGAACAGCUACUUGAAAGGGAGGAAGACAGACGAAACGAUGAAGCUCCCGUACCGCAGCCGCAGUGUUGAAGUGUGAAGCAUAACUGAAGGUAGUCCAUGCAUCUCUCCUCCCCCAACACUCACUUUCAGACAUUAGGGAACCAAAGAUGGCUGUUUCAGUAGCUAGUAAAACCAUGGACGUUUGCAGAUUUAAUUUUGCCCCCCCUCCACCCAACCCCUAGUCUUCAUCCCAUUCGAUAUUUAAAGACCAGACGGGCUCCAGCAAACCAAAGAUUGGCCUUGAAUUCAUCAGUCCUAGCUACACUAGUGAAAAUCCUCAAACGAAGAAGACGCGCGUAAUUCGUCAGGUAACGGCCAAUUCUCGGAAAACCGAUUAGCGCUAAAGUCAGGGAGUCAGUGAUCAGUUGAUACACUAGUGAGAAACUGCGUCACUCGAGCUGGUGGUGGUUGAACGUUUUCAAAGCGAAACACUUUUUGACGAAUUUGCUGUUAACGAGAAACGAAAAAACGAAAAAAAAAAAAGAUUAUUUUAUACAUGGCCUGCUGAUUUUUUGGUACAGUGUUUUCUAGCUAAAUUAUUUUGUCAUGCACAUAUAAACAUUUAUUAUGCACUACUUUUCUAAAUACGUUUUUGUUUUCGACAGUCAUUUUAGGCACAUUUUUCACGAAACGGAAAAAAAAAACUCCUUUUUGCAAUACCUCAAUUUUUCACAUUGUGAAAGGUAGCUUUUGUACUUUUGUUACUGAGAGAUCUGCAUAUAUGGAAACUUUCAUUUGAAGAGAAAAGUGAAUUUAAUAUAUCUUAUUUUCAAUUAUGCUUUUUAUACAUUUCAGUGCUGAGGAAUCUUUACAGCUAAAGCAGCACGCACUUGUGUUGACGCGACAAAUCUGCAGAGGAGAGAGAGCGCUCUUGUACACUAGAUUUCAAUUGGGAAAAAUGAUCCGACAGCAGCAUGGUAAGAACACGUUGUCGUUCAUGUCAAGCAAAAGCUCGUCUUUUUGGUUUCCUCUCUCCAUAGCUGGAACAUAAACUAUAAUAUAAGGAGAAUGCUAAAUCUGGUCAGUUCACGAGAAUGGAUGUUUGAUGUUUAGAUAUUUUAACAUUUGAAAAUAUACAUAUAUACAUAUAUAUAUAUUCUUGAACUGCCAACUAGUUCCUAUUGUAACCCUUAGCAUGCAUGAUGAGAAGAGAAAAUAAAAAAACCGUACAUGAAUUAGCUCUUGAAAUUAAUCGUUGUGGUUGUGCACCAGAUGUUUCUAAAGCUUUGAUUUGAGGCCACCCCCACUACCUUGUUAUUAUUCUCUAUGCCUUUCCCCGUAAUCCAGUAUCGAUAGGAUGCACAGAGGAAAAAUACAGAUAUAUAUAUACAUUAAAAAAAACAACUAUUUGCAGUGCAGGACGAAAGCAUCUUCUUUAGUACGCUGUGUCGAAAAGACUUGAGAACUUCAUCCCCACUGUCUGUUUGAAGUAAAUCCAAACCCGUUUGGAGGAAGGGGAACUUAAGACUUGAAUGUGGUAAAUAUGUUGCAAGUUAACGUCGAGUUGUUAUGUGCAAUACUUUUUUUGAACUUUUUUCCAGAUAAAAAAAAGAAAAAACAAGACUCUUUGCAAUGUAAUUCUUUAAUGCCAUUUUUAAUUGCCGACAUUUAAAGAAGAUGUUAAUAUGUUUUUCACAGUCAUUUUCUACUGUUAUUGUAAUCCUUUUCAUGCUGGUGUUUGUAAAAAAGAAACAAAAAAAAGACGAAAUCAACCUAUUUGUACUAAUAUAAAUGAUCGAAGUUAUUUUUAAAACAUUAAAGGUUUUGUGCUCAUUUCGCUUAUUUUGUUUCUUUGGAGCUACUGUGAUUGAUCGCAUUGUAAUUAUUAGGUCAACGAUGUAUCUAGCUGUUUAUCGGUCUAUUUUUAAUUGGAAUGUAUAAUUAAUUUUUAUAAUUUUGAUCAGAUUUUUGUUAUAUUUUUGAGGUGAAGCUUUUAAUAUGUUAAAGUGUCUAGUUUUUACUAAUUGCUAUAUUGUGCUCCACAAUAUAUGGUUCACAUUUUCUGAAGGAAAAUAAAUAUUUAAAUAUCUGUCUGUUAACGAUGUUACUUAAUGGCGAAAAUUUCAAUAGUUUUUAACUGUGUAUGGGAAGGUUGUCGUAUUUAUUAAUAGCAUUUUUUUACUUAAGAUAUCACCUUAAUUUUUAUUGUCAUUUCACUUUAUAAGUUCCUAUUUUUGUAUUUUGCUUUCUAAUUAAGUUAUGUUAUACGAAAUGUUCAUAUUCUAGGAGUUGGUCUGUAAGUGCUAGUGAAACGAAAAGAAAAAUCUAAUGUUAUUUAAUUGUUUGCAGCCAACUAUUUAUAACAAUAUGCAUAAUUUUUAAAUAUUUGUAAUGUGAAAUGUUGAAUGAAUAAAACUUAACUGUGACGAGA